ACAUUAUUCUACACAUGGUGGGGGAUGGAGAAAAAAGAGAAAAUCUUGAACUAACACCUUCUGACCAAUGAGCAUUUGGCCGAAACAUAGUCAUCAGACUCAAAAGUUCCUAUUUUUCUCGGACAACUUGGAGGAACAUCGGCUUUGAGCAAGAUUGUUGAGACUUGAAUUCAACAGUUUUCCACCAGAAACCAAGAACCUGCUUGAGAUUGAGACCCGUUUUGAUCUUGUAUUGGUUUGAGAGAAAUCAAGAUCUACAUCUGUCUUAAAGUUGACUUCUCUCUGUCCCUUCAUAAAUCUGGUCAGAAGCUGCAGAUUUUUCAGCUGGGCGCUUAUAGUUAUUGGUUUCUUGGAAGGGUAAAUGAUGGGGGAGGAGGAGAGACUCCCAACUCAUAGCGAUGAAGUGCAAGAGAAUGAGCAGCAGCCCAAGAACGGGAUCCGGAGCUCUUGUUGUGCUCCAGUUUAUUGGUUUAAAAUGCUUGCAAAGGAAUUGCAUUGGAGCUUUGUAUUUGGGGUAAUAAUCGUGUACGGUAUGAGCCAAGGACUUGGGGGAGCUCUUGCAAGGGUUGGCACAGAGUAUUACAUGAAGGAUGUGCAGAAAGUGCAGCCUUCUGAGGCUCAGGUUUACUCUGGAAUCACUUCAAUUCCUUGGAUUGUGAAACCACUCUGGGGUCUUCUCACCGAUGUUGUUCCGAUUUCGGGGUAUCAACGGAGACCUUAUUUUGUUUUUGCUGGUUCCCUUGGAGUCAUAGCUAUGCUUUUCUUAUCAUUGCACAAGGAGCUACAUAUAGUAUUAGCAUUACUUGCAUUGACAGCCGGGAGUGCCAGUGUUGCCAUUGCAGAUGUAACUGUUGAUGCUUGUGUGGCACAGAAAAGCGGCAGUCAUCCUUCCCUAGCAGCUGACAUGCAAAGCUUAUGCGCAUUGAGCUCUUCAAUAGGCGCGCUUGUGGGAUUUUCUUUCAGCGGUAUCUUUGUUCACUUAAUAGGUCCCCAGGGGGUCUAUGGCUUGUUGACAAUACCAGCUGGGCUCGUCUUCAUAGUUGGUAUUUUGCUCAAGGAACCUCGGACAUCCAGCUUUGCUUAUGAACAGAUCAACCAGAGCUUUCUAAAUGCCGGUAAAGCUAUGUGGAAGACAUUGAAAUGCCCAGAUGUGUGGAGGCCGUGUUUGUAUAUGUAUUUGUCCUUUUCGUUGAGUCUAAACAUCUCUGAGGGGAUGUUCUACUGGGCCACAGAUUCAGAGGCUGGUCCAUCGUUUUCUAAGGAAAUAAUAGGUUAUGUCAUGGCAAUUGGCUCCAUCGGCUCUCUUCUUGGGGCGAUAUUAUAUCAAUACGGCUUAAAGGACUACCCCUUCCGCGAUCUACUCUUCUGGGCUCAGAUACUAUCAUGUCUCUCUGGAAUGCUCGAUUUGGUGCUUGUGCUCCGCUGGAACUUAAACCUCAUGAUACCUGAUUAUUUCUUUGUGGUGAUCGAUGCAAGUGUGUCCCAAAUGAUCGGCCGGCUGAAAUGGAUGCCACUUCUUGUCCUAAGCUCAAAGCUCUGCCCACCUGGCAUUGAAGGCACCUUCUUUGCCUUGCUCAUGUCGAUUGAUAACGCAGGACUUCUCACUUCAUCAUGGUUAGGAGGCUUGUUACUUCAUAUUCUGAACGUUACAAGGACAGAAUUUGGUAAUUUCUGGCUCGCCAUUUUGAUACGGAACGUCCUGCGGAUCAGCCCACUUUUUCUGCUAUUUUUGGUUCCGAGAACAGAUCCGAAUGCUUCUAUUCUUCCGGACGAAGUUUUGAAUUCAAAGGAGGUUGCUGAAACUCGAGCUCCUGACAAUGUGGAGCUCGUUGCGCUGGUCGAGAGCAUGGACGGUAGAUAGAUUUGUUGUAUAUUUUCAACCUCAUAAGAGUACUGAAGUUGGUGAAACCUAAGCUACAGAUCUAAGAAGAGAAUGAUCAUAUCAUGUUAGGCCAUUUUAUUCUUUCAUUUGGUUAUACAUUUUGAAACACACACUUCAAUUUUGUUGGACACCAUUCAAAUUUAAAGGAAUAUAUAUUGCUUAUUCCCUUGAAAUUGUUAUU